AUGGACAAGAAGCGGCUGACUGGAUCCAGCACAUUCGUGUACUGCUCAAAUCUGCUGUUUUUGAUGUCAGGAUUCGCAAUCAUGUUUCUCGGAGUUUUGCUGCUUCUCGAUAAUGAGCGCGUUCUCCUAUCAAGACUUGUUGGCUUCAACGACGUCCACACGGAUCAACCUCCGGCGUACUAUUUGUCCUUCGCCAUGGUAGGGAUGGGCUUCGUUAUAGCUCUUACGGGACUGUUGGCAACGUGUUUUACUAGUAGCUGCGUUACUACUUGGUACGUAAUGUCACUUACUCUUCUUUUAUUGGGAGAAUUUGCGUGCUGCGUCAUAGCAGUAUUCUGGCCACAUCUACUGGGCAUCGAAAUCCGGUCAAGCAGAUUAGUUCGCGCUUUGCAGCGAAAUUACGCACUGCCUGGACGUGAACAAUUUACUGCAGCUCUAGACCUUGCUCAAACGGCUUUUUCCUGCUGCGGCAUCAACGGAAGCAGUAAUUAUGGGACCUCAUGGUGGCGACUGCAGGAAGUCGGGCGCCGGGAACUGGUCGUACCCCUCACAUGCUGCACCCUUAACAACACCCAGUCGCCGGAUGCUUUUCUAAAUCCACAACCUGAAGAUCUUCAAUUGUGUCAAACAUUGAAUCCUCUUGAACAUCAGCGCGCACGGCACACUACGGGCUGUUUGGACAUGAUAGAAAAAUGGACGCAGGAUCAGGCGCUGAUUUUUUUAGUCAUGGGGCUCAUUGUAAUGUUGAUUGAAAUAAGUGCUCUAGUGAGUACAAUAUUAGCUUGGUCAAAGUCAAAUCCAAAGAGGAAAACAAAUUUGUCAACAUUCACGUCGACUCAAACAUUGACACACUCCCCUACAUUCACCAUUGAGAGUAAUCACAACGUUGGAUUGGGGAUGGAGAACAGUCGAAGCCAUACAGACGGCUCGACAUUCUGCGAAUUGAAGAGUCAUCGCAAAUUGCGCAGUUAUCAGCGAAUCCGCCAGACAGACGUAUAA